CCGCGGUGGCGCGCCUCUCAGGCUGGCGCAGUCUGCAGCAAACGGGAUCCGCAGGUCGGCUGGUUUGCCGCGCACCAUGGCUCCCAGCUUGCGAGGCCUCCCUUGGUGCUGUCUCUGGCUGUUCCUUGGUUUCGUCGGCCCGGAGUACUCCAGCAGCCACAUGGUGGAGGGACAGCAGGUGCACCAGGUCCUCCUGGUCUCCGCCUGCCAGGAUGCCAACUUUAGCGCCCUCAUCCAGAAGCGCUGCCUGACCCGCUUCCAGGAGGACAUGGAGGCCCUCGGGAAGGAUCUGUGGUGCGACUGGGACAAGACCGUCCGGAGCUACGGGGAGCUCACUGAGUGCACCAAGGCCGUGGCUGCGAACCUGGAUUGCUUCUGGCCCAACACGGAGGUGGACAGGUUCUUCGUGGCGGUCCACCGCCACUACUUCAGGCUCUGCGCCAUCUCCGGCAGGUCCGUGCAGGACCCAGCCAGGGGCAUCCUCUGUCCCUUCAUCGUGCUCCCCAUCUUGGUGACCCUGCUUAUGACGGCGCUGGUGGUCUGGAGGAGCAAGCGCACCGAGGGCAUCGUGUAGGCGGCCUGGGCUGCCUGCCAAGCGUGGGAGGCUGGGGAGGGAGGGGAGCUCGGGGUGACCUCUUCGCACAAGAGGAGCCCACAGGGCUGGGCUGCGGCUCAGCGGUACAGCGCUCGCCUAGCACAUGCAAGGUCCUGGGUUCCACCCUCAGCACCUCAUAAAAGUAAAUAAAUAAAAUAAAGAUAAAAAAAAGAGGUGCCCACAGGACUUGAGAGUAAUCGUGCUGGUGAUUGACCUCGAGCCUCCGGGAGGGAAGAAGGGACAGGACUGACUUGUCCCUGGGAAGUGCCACGCUUGGGUCUCUAGCAUGCAUGCAACCCACAAUGUCCCCGCCUGCAUUCCAGGUCCCCCCCUUAGCUGUGUUUGUGUACAUGUGUAGCUUCUGAUUAAAAGGAUCUUCUGAACUGAA